GCUAGAGAGGGACGUUCUCGGUAAAUUGACGGCAAUUGCCAAAAAUGCGCUUGGUCGGCUGUUGCUACGUUUACUCAUCAAGUCUUGGUUUCUACAUCGGCAGUGCAUGGACGCGUGCAAUGGGUGUCUUGAUGAUGUGGAAACAUCUAGUUUUGCCGGACGGUCAGGAUGAGUCUGGAUGCAUUGUCGAUGUUGACGACUGCGCAGUCAGGUACUCUGGGCCCCCGAAUAUGCCGGUGCCGCAGGAGGUGUGCGUCCUCUUGACUCAUUGGACAAGAUGUCUGCCGGGCUUUGUCUUUGUCCUGCAUUUAGUUCGCGAAGUUGGACUGUGUGUCAUCUGGAAGCGGAGGGGACUGGCGACAUGUUGUUUGACUCACAGAGUUGCGCUCUUGGAAUUGUAGGAGCCGGGUUGGUGGCAUUGGGUCCUCGACGCUCCACUCCCCGAAUGACAAAUGUGAGAAAGACAGAAAUACAUCGGGUGCAUGUCCACAUUUUAGCGGAAAACGCAUUCUCAUUUUGCUCAUUUGGCCCAGUUCAGUUCAUACACCUGUGAAUUGUUGAAAUACAGACCUGAGUUCGAAUCCAGAUGGAGCCAGAUAAAUGAAAUCCAAUGUU